UACAAGUAUUUCUAUUUAAAAUUUUGCCUAGCGCUACAAAGCAUUUAUCGCAGCGCUGUUGGUAGAAACUACCGACUGUAAUGUACCGUCAUGGCGACGUUACCGCCACGGAAAAAUCCAACUCCAACGAAAAUUUUAAAACAACACCUUACCCCGUUGCAAACGCUAUUGCAGUUAGGCUUUCCGAAACAUCGAGCAGAGAAGGCAUUGGCAGCUACAGGGUAUCGAGGUGUUCAACUUGCAUCGGAUUGGUUAUUAGCCCACGUUAGAGAUCCAACUUUGGAUUCUGAUACUCAGAGACAAUAUGUUCUGUAUGCCUGCCCAAUGGGCGCAUUAGCGGAACAACUUAUGCAAUUUUGGUCAGAGAGCAAAGAACUAAUAUGGAACGGUGCACACGAUUAUAUGCCACAUGUUACUCUUGUGUCAUUUUUUAAUGCCCCGGAUGAAUGCACCGAAGAAUUGGUAAAUGCCCUUGAAAGUAUAGUAAAUCAGGAGGCAUUACCAGAUCACAUUGAGUUAGAAACCUAUGUUUCUCCCAAUUUUAUGGGUUUUUUUGUUGAAGAAGCAAAUGCUGAAUGGCUGAAAAAUAUUGCGAUUCGUUAUGUAAAUAAACUUACAAGUUUAGGUAUUUCUGCAGAGCCACCGCAAGUAAAGAAGUCUUUACAUUUGACGCUAGUUUAUCAAUUUCCUAGCAACUUAUAUCAACAAUUGCGUUUAAUGGUAGAGAAACUGACGCUCAGUUCUCCAGCUAAUUGGGAACUUAGAUUGUAUUCCAGAGAUGUUAGGCUACAGAAUAUGCAUGUGCAUAAAGUAACACAUGCUCACGUGCCUAGAGAACACGACGAAUUAGAGUUAAGAGUAGGAGAUUUUAUUUACAUUCCAGAAGAGGCAUGCAAUACAUCUACGGAUGGUUGGGUCGAAGGUGUCUCUUGGUUAACUGGUAUUUCAGGCCAUCUACCUUUGAAUCACACAAAACGCACAGCUGAAUCAGAUUCGUGGACCUUGCACACUACCAUACAGCUUACUGACAGUAAAAGCAAAAUUGUAGAAAAAGAAGAAAUACCUAUGACUCGAAAACCACCAGUAUUAUUGUCCAACGAUUCUACGGAUAGUCCUGAUGGAGUAGCAACGACUAACGAACCAAUCGAGGCCUCCGAAGCACCACCGACCUUUUCACGGCAAAUUUUUAUAUGUCGUCACGGGGAACGAGUAGACUUUACAUUUGGAGCAUGGAUCCCUUAUUGUUUUGAAUUAAAUGGUUCUUAUGUUCGGAGAGACUUAAACAUGCCAAAAGAAAUACCAUCAAGAAAUAUACAGGAUUUUCAAAAUGACAGCCCUUUAACGACGGUAGGUGAAGUGCAAGCAGGCUUAGUGGGAGAAGCAAUGAAAUCGUCUAGUAUUAAAAUAGACGUAGCUUUUACUUCACCAUCGUUAAGAUGUAUACAAACGCUGGCUCACAUUUUAAAAGGAUUAGAUUCAAACAUUCCAAUGAAAAUAGAGCCAGGUCUGAUAGAGUGGUUAGCAUGGUAUCCGAAUGGUGUACCAAUUUGGAUGACAUCCGAAGAAUUAAUAACAGCAGGUUUUAACAUAGACAAUAGUUACGAUCCAAUUAUUAAAACAAAAGAGCUUCCAUCAAAAGAGAAUGUAGCGCAGUAUUAUGAACGGAGUUACGAAUUAAUCAAACGAAUUAUUGAAAAUACCGUAGGGAAUAUUUUAAUAGUAGCUCAUGCUGCUUCUUUAGCAGCAUGUACCAAACAAUUAACGGGUGGUAGAGUACCACCAGCUGCUGAAGUUACUAGACUAGUUCAAAGAGUACCAUAUUUAGCUUGCCUAACGGCACGUGAAGGGUUAGAUGGUUGGCAAAUUCAUCCGCCUCCAUUUCCACCUAUAACACACACUAGUAACACUAGAUUCGAUUGGAAAGUGUUAAUGUAAAAAUAUGAUUUAAUAUUUCAAGUAAAGUUUUUCUCUUUCUAAUCUUUGAGAUAUAGCAGCAGACUAAUCAUAAAAGACUGGUAAGAUACAAUACAUGUUUUUUAAACGUUUUAGUCGAUACGAAGUAUAUUAAAAAAGAGAAAAAAGUAUUAUAAUUAUUUUAUGAAUUGGGUUAUUUAUGAUGUGCAACGAACUAAAAAUGCCGGUUUGUUAUUAAAUUUCUUAAGAAAUUAACAUUCGUAGGGAAAUAAUAUACGGGUAUUGGCAUCUAAUUCUACCUUUUGUAUGGAAAAGGAUUCAAAUAAUGUGUAUUCUAAUCUUUAUAAAGAUUGUAUGAAUUACAUAUUUUAAUGUAAUAGUUUUUAGGAAAAUAUUUUAUCAUAAAUUUCGUAUUAGAUGUCUAGGAGGUUUUUAGUAAAACAAUUUAUGGUAUUCCUAACUUGUGAUGAAGAAAUAUUAUGAAUAUUACAAUUUUAAGAAACAUAUUAAAAGUUAUAAAGUUUUUAAGUUUUUCGUUGAUUAUGCUUUAAAAUCAAUCGCAACAUACGAAUUAAAAAUAUUUAAAUUGUUAUAUCGACAGUUAUGGCAGAUAUGACAAAAUCUAAUAUUGUCUUUUGCAAAGAGCGUGCAUGCAUAAAUGUAUAAUCAGGUCUAAGAUUCGUUGCUGAUGCGGUUACUAAAGAUUUAUUUCAUUGUUAUACAAAAAUCUAAGUGUACGGAAAUUUAUAAAAAUCGGUAAUAACGAAAAAUAUCCUCUCGCGCAUUUUUAAAGCACUUUAAGAUAAAUAGUGCGAAU